GUUUUAUGGUAAUUCAAAUUGCUCCCGAACUGCAUUCUUUCUCCAGUUUUCUCGCAAAGCGAUGUAAAAUCCAGCACGCUCGUGUUUUUAGCUUCAUUUAAAAGCGCGCGAAGGCCGUCCCGCAGCUAUCGGAUGAUCGGCGCUCACCCUCUGCCAACUUUGUACGAAAUUAACCCAUCCUCGGAUGCGUGAAAUAAGACAUGAAGGUGAUCGACGGUUCGGAGAAACUGAACGGGCCUCUUUCGCCGGCGGGUUAUCAUCGCAGAACGCAUGCGUGAUAGAUCCAUCCUUCGUCCGAGGCGGAUAAACCGCGCUCGCUGAGCUAACUUGUGCCUCUUUGUCGUGCGUUCGUUGCGCGUCAGUUUCCCGUUCCGCUUCUGGCUAGGAGGACGCGCGAUAAGGAGAUCGCGGAAGUGAGCGCAAAAGUGUUCUGCCAGGAAGAGCUAUCGUAUCUUUUACGUGAGAUAAAAUUCCCGCUCCCCAGAGAAUCGGGGAAGAUCUUGCUCCGCCUGCUCCCUACCGAUAUUUAUAAAUCAUCGUGGAGAACAUCGAUCCGAAUUUUACUGAAGACUGUUUUCAUAAUUAUUUUUUGCGAUUCAUUUCGCAGAUGUCUAGUCGCGAUUGAUAUUGGGGUUUCCCAGAAGAUCCCUGAAAUAAUAGGGAGACCUGGUUUUCUUCCUGAAGAAAAUUUUUACUGAGAAGAAAGCCGCUAUUUUCUUUUGCCAUCGAUAUAUUUAUAGUCGGUCGAAGAUACCCUGAGGUGGUUAUCUGUCCUAUUUCCGCUAGCGGGGUUAUAAAUAAUCAAGGGAUUAUCCUGUCUGCAAGAUUACUCGUUUCCGUUUUUGAAACAAAUCUUUAAAUAUAUAUCUUAUACGAAUCUUCAUCUCUCUUUAUUCGGUUUCUCGUUCGGAAUACCAUUCUGAUAAAUCGCCAGGGGAACUUUCGAACGAGUCCGUUCUCUCGAGAAUGAUCUUUACAAAUAAUCAAGAAUAAUCUGAAUUGUUUUCGCUCUUGGGAUCGAUCUUUGCAAAUAAGCCGUGAAGGUACACGAAUCUUUCCGGAAACGAUUUUUGUAAGCAAUCCGGGAAAACGGCGAAUUUCUGCGAAGUCGGCCUUCGUGAAACACCUUGGAGAACUCGGAAUUUUACGGACGGACUUUAACGAUCGAGACACGGAGCUUCGCGUAACCGGCUUAGAACUCCGUUCAUGUCGCAGACUUCGAAGGAGGACGCCGACGCGAUGAAGGCUAACACGGCGGCGACGAAGAUCCAGGCUAAUUUCCGCGGAUACCGCGUGCGCAAGCAGCUGAAGGAAUCCACGCAGCGCCGUCGUCAACAACAGCAGAAUCAGCAGGACCAGAAGCGGAACCAGCAGCAGCUGCAGCAGCAACAGCAGGAACAUAUGAAGCCGAAGGAGCAUCUGCUGAAGAGACAGAGCACUCGGGAGGCGCUCGAGGAGAAAUCGGCGACGAAGAUCCAGGCGGGCAUUCGCGGUUUCCUGGUGCGAAAGAGACAGCAGGCCGUUCAGGCAGCGGCAACGAGGAUCCAAGCCGGCUUCCGUGGCUUCAGGACGCGGAAACUGCUGAAGCAAAACGGCCAAUAAGCUGUCCCUUCCUGACGAUGGUGUGAGAGACGACGUGGGACGUUGACGUGUGCAAGAGCAUUUUGCGGAUUCCUUUGUAACUCGGACAAGACCUGCAAUUGGAUCGGAGGCGAGAAAGGAAAUGACAAUUUCAAUUAAGUUGAUUACAUUGUACGCUUUUGAAACACUCCGUUUGUCUUUGAACUGUAACUUUGUUAAUCCUGUUGGAAGCUAUCUCGGGAAUUGAUCGAUAAUUAACGGAACAUUGCUUUACGACAAUAUUUAUCAUUGUUCUUAUUUUCUCAUUUCGACUUUUUCCAUGAUGACUUUCAUAUGAGAACGAUGGCAAUAAAUAAUAAUGUCGAAGAAAGGAGUAAUGAUCGACGACAUCGCGCCUUGAAGGAAAGCGGUUGAGAUAUAUAAAUAUAUAUAUAUAUAUGUAUGAUAGAAAUUAGUUAAAUAAUUAUACAAAUCUCUUAAUAUACUCUCUUGUUAUAUCAUUUUUUAUGUAAUUAAUGUAAUUAACGCGUUAUAAAUUCGAAUCCUGCAAAUUAUAAUCGAAGAUACAUCUGUAGCGUAAUUUUGUAUCCGUACAGUUCGCGCAAUUAAUGCCUUCCAACCUUGUUUUGUUAUUACGUGUUACUUUUUCGGUUAUUUUUGCGUUCAUGGGCGAAAUACGCGAGUUUCUCCAAUUUCUAUAUGCUUGUUUAGUCCAUUCGACUACGGCCGUGAAUGUGAAAACGACCGAUGAGAAAGUAAACGCGAUGCCUCACCAGUGAACGUGGUGUCAUAGAUUUGAAAGGCAUUAAUUGCGCGAACUGUACAAUCUGUUGAUAAAUGAUACUUGUAUAAUGACUAGCGCAUAAAAAAUGUAUAUAUUAAUAUAUACUUUUUGUUGUUGUACUUGCGUUUUAUGGUUCUG